AUGUGUGGGGAGCUGUCAUACAACAAUAGCCUCACAUCUGUACAAACUGAAACAUCUUUUGGUUACAGCCAUAAAACGUUUGCAACUACCUGUGAUGUUUGUGGAAGUACGUAUACGUCUGCUGGAGAUAAUGCCACUAAUAAUGCACAGAAAUGCACUGCCCUUGUGACAUAUUUGACCUGUCUGGAGGGGUCAGGGAAAGGUGACGACGGGUGUCCGCUGCAACCUGCAAAUGCUGCCGCCAUAGAGACUGAUUUCACCUCAGCUAAUUGUAGUACGGAGGCAGAUUUUACGAACACCUGUAUAUGUCAGAAAGACUUCUGGAAGACGAAUCAAAAUACUAAUGCUACCAAGUGCAGCGCCACCACUGCUUACAUUGCGUGCUUGAAGUGGAAGACAAAGAAGGCCUGUGAUGGUUCCACUACUGUAACAGCUCUGGCUACUGGCGUAGAGACCAGGAUAAAAGAUCUGGGAAGCACAGCCUGUCCUGUCACCCCCACCUGCCAAUGUGAGAUUAAUGCUACUAAAGCAGACAUUGCCAGUGAUGCCAAAAUGUGCACUGUACUGACCACUCUGAAGACCUGUCUUUCAGCCAUCAACACCACUGACGAGCUCGGGUGUGCCACUGACACACAGGCAACCCUUUUAAAUGACACUAACACCAAGAUAGCCACGUGUGCCGCGGAUCACGUGACCUUUGCGAUGACGUCACUGUUCGUCUCAGUUCUUGUAAACAUGUUCCUGUAACGGCCAUCGAUACUGGUUUAUGAAACUCCUGUUUGUUCUAAGUUACUGUUAGUGAUAGGGUGUUAUCCAUUUUCAAUCACCUCUUUAAUUUGUUAUUGGUUAAAACUAAUUUAACGAUAUGUUUCCUAAACAUGUUCAGUUGUCAAUGAAAAAAGGGCUGACUGAUUUGAGUCUCCACAUGAAGAUAUUUUCAAUGAGGAUUAAAAAUUGUUUGUGUGGCAGCUAUGUAUGACGUGGGCUACACAUUAUUCAUGUUACCACCGACGAACAAUAUAGGGUCAUAUAAAUCCUGUGAUAUGCCUGAAUGUGCAUCUUUGGUUCGGAUUUAGGCAAACUAUGCACCUUUCAUGUUGUUGUUCCAGUCAUGAUAAUCUGUAGGAUACUCACAUGAAUCAGCCCACGUGUUCCGUACCAUAAUGACGUGUUGACGUAAUCCUUGUUGAUUGUUCCGCUGAAAUAAACGGUACUGUUCACGAA